AUGUGUCUAACUGCACAUUUCAUUGAUGAUGAUUGGAAGUUACAAAAGAGGAUCAUAAAUUUUUGUCAAGUUGAAAACCAUAAAGGAGAAACUCUUGGUAAAAAAAUUGAGGCACUCUUAAAAGAGUGGGACAUUGAUGGCCUUUUUACCUUAACUGUUGAUAAUGCGAGUUCCAAUAAUCUAACCAUUAGAUUCUUGAAACAAACCACAAAACUGUGGAAAGGAACUGUCUUGGGCCAUGAAUUUUUACACAUACAUUGUUGUGUGCAUAUUCUAAAUCUCAUUGUUAGUGAUGGAUUGAAGGAUCUUGAGUCAUGUAUAGCGAAUGUGAGGCAUGCAGUGAGGUAUGUGAGGUCUUCUCCAAACCGCCUUGACACUUUUAAAAAGUAUGUGGAAAGUUUGAAAAUUGAGAGUAAGAGUCUCUUGUGCCUAGAUGUGCCAACACGGUGGAAUUCCACAUAUCUUAUGUUGGAGGCGGCGGAAAAAUUUGACGGUGUUUUUCAAAGAAUGGGUGAGAAGGACUACAAUUACAAACACUACUUUUUGGAUAAUGAAGGGGGUGAGAGGAGAGAGAUGCCUACAGCCGAGGAUUGGGAUAACUGUAGGGUGUUUUUGAAAUUUCUUAGAAUGUUCUACAAUGCCACAAAGAGAUUUUCUGGGUCUUUAUUUGUUACUUCAAACACAUUCUACACUGAAAUUUUUGUCAUUGAAAAUAUGAUUGGACAAUUAAUCAAAGACAAUGAUCCUAUUUUGUCUUCAAUGGCAAAGAAAAUGAAAGAGAAGUUUGACAAGUAUUGGGAAAAUGGGGAUAAAAUCAAUCUACUUUUGUAUGUUGUAGUUGUGCUUGAUCCUCGAAAAAAAAAUGACAUACUUGCAAUUUUGUUUUUCGACAAUUUUUGGUGA